GUACUUCCGCUUUGAAAUACUUUAUUGUUCAUGAACGACGUAAGCAUGUUUCAAUAAACUUUAUUUAUACAGCAAGUGACGUUGACAGACAGUCGGAAUCAAAAUAACAACAGACGGCACAAUGUACAGCAUUUCAGGCAUUUAAACAGCAGUUGGGAUUCCACGAGUGCAACCCAUGGACGCCUCUUUGUGGUGAACAGACUUUAGAAAGGAGCUCACCUUUGACCUGGAGGUAUCAUUCGGGAUGGAUGUGACCUCAGGUGAUGGGAGCACAGAGUGCCAGCUGGCCUCUGAGGAGAUGGAGGGGAUCUGUGUAUUGCCAGACAUGGCAGCUAUCAAGGCCGAGCAUCAAGUGGGGGGAGUGAGUGGGGAUGAAGGAGGAUCCCAGAACGUUGCCAUGGGGAUUAAAUUCAUCCUGCCGAACCGCUUUGAUAUGAACGUCUGCUCCCGCUUUGUCAAGUCACUCAAUGAAGAGGAUAGCAAGAACAUUCAGGAUCAAGUCAACUCUGAUUUGGAGGUGGCAUCUGUCUUGUUUAAAGCGGAGUGCAACAUUCAGACGUCUCCAUCACCUGGCAUCCAAGUGCGACAUGUAUACACCCCAUCCACCACCAAACACUUCUCCCCUAUCAAACAGUCCACCACGCUCACCAACAAGCACCGCGGCAACGAAGUGUCCUCAACGCCACUCCUGGUGCACUCUCUGUCCAUUCAUCAGCUUGCUGCUCAAGGGGAAAUGGUGUUCCUGGCAAGCAGGAUUGAGCAAGAGUCUGUGAUAAACCUGCAAGACGAGGAAGGAUUCACUCCGCUGAUGUGGGCUGCUGCACACGGACAGAUUGCUGUGGUGGAGUUCCUGCUGCAGAAUGGGGCAGACCCCAACAUCCUGGCUAAGGGCAGAGAGAGUGCCCUGUCUCUGGCUUGCAGUAAGGGCUAUACUGACAUUGUGAAGAUGCUCAUUGACUGUGGUGUCGAUGUCAACGAGUACGACUGGAAUGGAGGAGCUCCUUUGCUGUAUGCAGUUCACGGAAACCAUGUCCGUUGUGUGGAAAUCCUUCUAGAGAGUGGAGCAGAUCCCACCAUGGAGUCUGACUCUGGCUUCAAUGCUAUGGACAUGGCAGUAGCAAUGGGCCACAGGAAUGUUCAACAGGUCAUGGAAGCCCAUCUGCUGAAACUUCUACAAGGCAUUAAAGAAUGACGCCAGCACAUGAAUGCGACUGCACAUCAAUGUGGAUACUGAUACAUCUACGAAUGCAUCAUUUUUCAUGGACUUACAUCCAGCCCAAUAGGUAACGUGUUUGUUUUAUGUAGGGUUUUUUGUGUUCAUUUGUGCAGCAGUACCUCCCGUACCAAGCUGAUGUCAGUUGACGCAUGCAAGAGUUUUAUUGUGAGGAUUCCCUGCAAUAAGGUCAAACUUGUUUUUGUUCAUUUAUUUACAAGUGUUAUGUGAUGUAAUUGGCAUGUAUGGGUUUUUGUUUAUUCCCAUUAUGUGAAUUAUGAAUGUACAGUUCCUUUAAUUUAUUUAUUUAGGAACCUUCAUAAGGUAUUUGUGAAUGAAUCCCCCCUAUUUUUGUUACUUGUUUAGAAAAGUAGAGGAGACAGCCUGUUUUUAAAACGCAAACGCAUGCCAAAACAUGAAUAAAUAAGCUUCUCUCCCCUUGUAAUACAUGCACACAUUUCAGAUAAAUUGUCAAAAGAAUUUUGUCAAAAAAAAAACUGAUGCCAUUUUCUGUUUGUUUCAUGGGUUAAUGUUUGUGAUUACUUCACCCAUUUUGCCUUUAGGCAAACCAAAUAACUCACACAAAGAAUAACAAAGAUAUUGUGGUUAGUUUUACAAGAUGUGAAUUUGCAAGGACAAUAACAUACUUUCCUCAUUUCUUGUUGUCAGUAGAAGGAAGGACGCUGAGGUCCAUUGCUGACCCAGUCUGUUUUAUGGCUUCCCAUCACUUUGAUGUAAUUGCCACUUGUGUGUUAUUUUGGUCUUAUAAACCAUUUUGAUAUAAUCCAUAAGGACCGUUUUGUUUUUUCACUGAAGAGCUUUAUGAUUCUCUUUGGUUUUCCGUGCCACCGCAUGCUUCUGCACAAACGCUUGAGCUUUCCCAGCACCAUUGCUGUUGACACGAAAGUAACUGGAACUGUUAAACAGGGAGUAUGAAUGCAUGCUUUCCACAGAGAUCUUUUAAGAAGCACAGCAUAUGGUGUAACCUCAAAAUUUACUUUGGUUUUUGUCACAACACCAAGGUAACCAGAACAUUUUCUACUGUCCUUUAUAUUGCUUUCGGCAAUAAAACGGCACCGCUUUUCAGGUU